AUGGGCGGCAUCACGCGCAACGUUCGUAACGAACCCUUCCAGUUCUACCACCGAGAAUGCCGCCUGCCCACCGUGGACGAGCUGGCCAAGGCAUCUAGCCUCCCAUCACCCGAGAUCUCCUUAAUUCUCCAGAAGCUGGGGGUGAUCAUCACAUUGUGCUCUAUAAGCACCAGCUAUGCGCGUCGACCCUAA